CUACCCUUUCUCUCUCUAUCUCAUCAAUUUCUCUCUCAUCAAUCUCUUCUUUCACAACCCAGUAUGAAGCAUUCUUAAGAGGCCUUCGAAGAGAUGGGAUGUUCCGCUUCACGGCUAGAAGAUGAAGAAGCUGUCCGGCUCUGCAGAGAUCGGAAAAAUUUCAUCAAACAGGCGGUCGAGCAAAGAAUUCGAUUCGCCUCCAACCACAUCUCUUACCUCCAGUCGCUUAAACGAGUAUCGAUGGCCCUCAACAAGUUCGUCGAAUGCGACGAUGAUCACCAUGAUUUCCUCUUCUUGGACUCGUACAUAACUCCUGUGAAAAGAUUGAGCCACGACAUCGAUAAAAUCCCUUCGAAUUUGUCUGAGAAGAGAAAUUUUCACAUCUCAAAGUAUUUAAAGUCAAGCGCGAAUUCAUCGGUUUCUGUUGAAGAACGGCCUCCGCCGACAGAAACUAUAAGGAUUAACUCUUAUUACCCUACGGGAAAUUACUAUGGAAUGGACGGUUUUUUGGGUUCGCCGAUGAACAAUUCUUCAUCGUUCUUCACAAUGGACUAUGAUGAUAGGGCGAGGUACCCUCCGCCUUCGCCUCAAGACUCGCAAUGGGAUUUCUUUUGGAACCCGUUCUCUUCGAUCGAGAAUCAGGGAUAUCCUAUUUUGAGCAGCUAUGAGAGAGCUCUAGAUGACGAUGACCUCGCGAGGCUCAGGCAAGUCAGAGAGGAAGAAGGGAUUCCCGAGCUUGAAGAGGAAGUAACCGACGAAGAACAGGAAGCGGAAGAACAACAAGAAGAACAACAGGAAGAAGAAUUUGUCGAGAUAGAUGUCAAAAACGACAAAGUGAAAUUUGAGGCUAAUGAGAAUCCUUCUGAAGAUAAAUUUCACGCUAACAACACAAAGCAAGUAGUGAAGGAAUUUCGGUCCAGAGGUGUGCAGAGUGUUGAAGUGUCGAAAGAAAGCGAGGGGGUGGAAGUCAACAUUAAGAAAGAGAAGGAUGUGGUGGUAAGCAGAGGAGGCGGAGAAGAAACUCCCGGUUUUACUGUGUAUUUGAAUCGGAGGCCAACAAGUAUUAAAGAGGUUGUGAAGAGAAUUGAGGAACAGUUUAUGAGGAUCUGCGAUGCUGCUCACGAGGUUUCAGUGAUGUUGGAGGCGAGUAGAGCUCAGUAUUCGUCAAAUUCAAGCGAACUUGCUGUGAAAAUGAUGAACCCUAUUGCAUUGAUCCGAUCGGCUUCGUCUCGAUCAUCAUCUUCGAGAUUCUUUCACACUUCGUCCAGCUCAAGAGAUGAUGGCUACGAGAGCAGUAGCAGUUACUCCGACGACUCUUGCAUGAUAUCUGGGAGCCACCAAUCAACUUUAGAUAGAUUGUAUGUAUGGGAGAGGAAACUAUAUGAGGAAGUAAAGGCCGGCGAGCGAACAAGAAUAGCAUACGAGAAGAAACUGAAGCAGCUGAGGAGCCUAGAUGCGAAUGGGGGAGAACCUGGUGCUGUUGAUAAAGCCAGAGCAGCCAUAAGAGACCUACAUACCCGAUUAAAAGUGUCGAUACACUCGGUUCAAUCCGUGUCGAAAAGGAUCGAGGUUUUAAGGGACGAGGAGUUGCACCCGCAGCUUAUGGAAUUGAUACAAGGGUUAGCGAGGAUGUGGAGGACAAUGGCGGAGUGCCACCGCAUUCAACGGCGCAUUAUAGACGAGGCCAAGCCCCUCUUCUUCUCCUCCUCCUCCUUCUCCUUUGCCUUUCCCCCUCCGCCGAGCGCCGCCGCCGCCGCCGCCGUUGCCCUAGAGGCGGAGCUCCGAGCAUGGCGCUCCGCCCUCGCCGCGUGGAUCUCCGCCCAGCGCUCCUACGCGCGCGCCCUCUCCUCCUGGUCCCUCCGCUGCUGCUCCGCCGCCUCCGGCGACGGUGCGGCGGCGCCGCCGCCCCCGGCGGCGUUCGCGGCGUGCGUGCACUGGUCGCGGGUCCUGGAGGCGGCGAGCGAGGCGGGGGCGAUGGACGGGCUCGACUUCUUCGCGGCGGGGAUCGGGUCGAUCGCCNCGUGGUGCUAUAGUAUAAAGGCCACUUCAGUUUGA